AUGGCCACGCCCGACGAAAGGCUCCUCUGCCACCCUCACACGGCUGAGCUCCUUGGCGACACUCCCGGGCAAAACCUGGCGCAGCCUGCCAAAAGCAAUUAUUCCGCUCAUUUCCGUGAUUAUAAGGCAGCCAGGAUUUCAAUUCAUCCUUUCCCCGCGGUUCUGGAUUUCUUUUUCCAGACGAUUAUUCCCCCACAGUUCUCCGGCUUCAGUUGGGGACAGCCGUUCAGCAGCAUGCCAGUCCAAGACCGAGACAUACGUGAUUACUGGCAACUAAAGGAUAUCCUCAAUCAAGUGAAAGAGACAUGGUAUACGCUGAAGGACUCCGACGCUGUCCAUCCACCUGAGGGUGUAGCAUCCCAGCAGUCUCUCCCGGUGCCCCCUCAGCAGACACCGGAUCCGCAGUCUCAGGAUGCUAGACCGAGGAGACGGAAGAAGCGCAAGCCCCGACACUCAAGGUCGAGUUCGUCGACUGGGAGUGGAUGGGGAGGUACCACCCUGGUUAACGGGCGAUCAGGGUCGUCUGCCCCUGCCUCCCCUACACCUCAAAGCCCGAGCGUCCCAUCGUCGGUGUCGAAGACAAGCCGAACGAAAUACACUGGGGCUGGAUUGUUCCAACAUUGGCUAAGAUCGGCCUUCAAGGGACCCGGUCCUCAACCCCCACGCCCGAAAAUCACCCCUGGGCGCGAAUGCUUGAGAAUUAACGGGAAGCGAUGCUGGCACAUUGACUACGACACCUACCCGGUCGCUGAAGAGGUUGCGGAAAAUGUACGAGCUCACGUCGAACAUUACAUCAACGGCCCUGGGGGUGUCGCUGCUGAGCACUACGUUGGUACAUUUCUACUUGGGCCGAAUCUCAAAGAUCUCACGCCCACAGUACUCGUCUGCUGCGAUAGCAAGUCCAAGAGGAAGUAUCUAGAAGAGACCUUGCUGAAGAAACGUAUGCCCAAACAAUCAUGGCUUCACAUGGAAAUCAGCAAUGACUUUCCACACAAACGCGUGAAGGCACACCUUUCCGCGUCUGGCACCCAUGAACCUAUCGACGGCCAGGCCUCAGACUCACCAGGCCCUCGCACAGUAUCGCUUGGCACCUUCAUCACGCCACCCAGCUGCAUCGAUGAACACUCCGGGUGGGAUGUUUAUGUGCGGGGUGCUCCGCCAGAUGGACGAAUCACGUUUCCAGCUACGUUCUAUGUUGGGACAAAUCUUCGGCUACUUCACAAGAUCACGAUAGGGAGAAUGGUCGUACUGGAAGGGGACGAACGCUUGUACGGUAUCACGGUAGGGCACGCAAUUACCACAAAGGGUUCGCUCCAUGCAGAUAGGACGGACCCGUGUUCAUCUCCGAAACCGGAUAUGUCCGGAGAUCCAUCUGAGUUUAGGGCUGUGGGCACGGUUGUGAACUCUACCCGAGGGUUAAAAGGUGAGCUGGACUGGGCACUCGUGCGAUUCUCUUCCAAGUUUCAGGUCGCAGACGACCUAAGGCAGGAGGACCUGGCAAUUUCAAAGGAGCUUUUCAACUUUUCAAAACCUCCAGCGGAGAGGGAUCGCCAGGUACUAAUUAUGCGCACCUCCCAACACAUUUCCGGGCGGCUAAGGCCUUAUAUCAAUCAUAUCAGCGUCCCCGGUGAUGAAUUUCUGGUCAAGACAUGGAUGGUUGAACUUGAUGGUGGAGGGUCUGCAGAACCCGGGGACUGUGGGUCUUUGGUGGUUGAUUUCCGCAGCAACAAGAUCUGUGGUUUCGUCUCUUACGGCGCAGAUGAUGGUCGGACCGUGUUUAUUGUCCCUGCUUGGGACAUAUUUUGCGAGAUUCAAGGAGUCAUGGAUAAGCAAAUUGCCAUACUCCCCUUUGUUGACAUGCACGUUCCUCCCGAGUACUCUGAGUCGACGUCUUCGUCAGCAUCAUCGGAAUACGACGACGAUGACGAGAACUCUGAAACUUCCGAAAACUUUGAGCUUGGAGAAGUUGAGGGAGACGGGGCUACCUCAACAAGGUCGUCCUCAAACACUGAAAACGAGAGUUGA